GUGACGUCACACGUGGCAGCAUGGCGGAGGCCGGUCAGGAUCGAAGGCCCCGCUUCGGCACGCGUCUGCUGGAGGGAUCUGGAGCGCACGUGUUCGAGCACAACGCCUGUUAGCGGCCAACCAUGAGCAUAAUGCGAGGGGUGGUGAUACCUGGCGCGUGGAGACUAAGGUGGGACCUUGGCCUGGUUAAGCGGCAGUGCAGGCAGGUGAGCUCGUGGGAAAAGCCCAAGGCUCCCCUAGGCAGCCGCCUCCUCACCGAUCCCAGCCGCGUCAUGGAGCACAACAUGUGGGAUCAUGUGCAGUGGACAACUGAGCAGGAGGAGGAGGCCAGGCACAAGGUGCAGGAAAAUGCAAUGCAGAAAGCCUCUGAGGAGAAGCAGGAACAGUAUGAAAAGGAAGCCAGUAAUUUUUGGAAUGGCUUUUACAAAAUCCAUGAGAAUCGUUUUUUCAAAGACCGGAACUGGCUCUUUACCGAGUUCCCAGAGUUGCUGGGAAAAGAAGACUCUUUGGCUGACCCAGAAGUGACCUCCGACAGAAACAUGAAGCACAUAGCCUCUGCAACUGAGAUUGUAGGUGACCAUACUGUGUGCCAGCAAGCAUCAACAGACUUGUGUAAUGCAGCAGCAAUGCAGAUGACCCUAAAUGAUUGUAAUACUUUUCCUGGAUCACUUGCAACAUUCCGAAUCCUUGAGAUUGGCUGUGGAGCUGGAAACACAAUUUUUCCCAUUCUUCAGACAAACAAUGAUCCUGGUGUUUUUGUGUACGGAUGUGAUUUUUCGCAAUCAGCGGUGGAACUUGUCAAGUCCCAGCAAAACUAUGACGCUUCAAGAUGCCACGCCUUUGUCCAUGACCUCUGUGACGAAACAUCCACUUUCCCAUUCCCAGAAGAGAGCUUGGACAUCGUAAUUUCUAUUUUUGUACUCUCUGCAAUCCACCCAGAAAAGGUUCAGGCAGCUGUGACUCGGUUGAGCCGGUUGCUCAAACCUGGAGGUGUGUUCCUCUUUCGAGACUAUGGGCGAUAUGACAUGGCCCAGCUUCGAUUCAAGAAGGGUCGUUGCUUAGCUGAUAAUUUCUACGCACGUGGUGAUGGAACAAGAGUGUACUUCUUCACCCAAGAGGAGGUGGCAAGACUAUUCUCAUCUGCGGGUAUGGAGGAGGUUCAGAAUCUGGUGGACCGCCGUCUCCAAGUGAACCGUGGAAAGCAGAUCACAAUGUAUCGUGUCUGGAUUCAAGCCAAAUAUCGCAAGCCCCUGAGAUGACAUCAUGCAUUUUCAUCACCCCAGUGUAUUCUGUAAACAGUCGUACCAAAAUCGAAUUUAAAAUUAGCAUUGUAAAGUAUAACACUUAUUUGGUGUGUGAUUUAAGUUAAUCAGAUGGUGGUAUUUUCAGUGCAUUAAUGUAAAACCAAGUUGAAAUCGGGACAUUAAAGAUAAUUGUUAUAAUACAUGUGUGAAUUAUACAUUGCCAGUUAAUUAAAUAACUUUAGAGCGACUAUUUUUCUCGAAAAUGGACCUGUUUUUACAAAGUGAUUAUUGAUGUUUUUAAACCUUGCCUUCCAUACUGUGUUAUAAACCGAGACAAGCUAGAUUGUGACAAGAUCUGGUUUUGGUCACAGUGUUUUGUCGAGUUGACUCAUUUGGGAUAUCGUACAGUGUGUUUUGAAAUUAUUUAUGCCAUUUAUAACGUGAACAAAGUAUUUCUCCACAUGUGACUUUGUUAUUUAUACAAUACUUUGUUGUGAAAUCUAUUAUUUUUACAUGGUAAUGGGUGUAACGUAAGGUUAACCUUCAAACCUCAGUUUUACUGCCAUUUAUGAGACGGUGAUGAUGAAUUAUACUUCUAGAUUGGUUUUUACGGUUGUGCUGUAUCACUGAUGUUUUCGGGUUGUACUGUGAUUGGCACAAUGUCCAACAUUUCAACUUGGUUCCUGAAGCUUUCAACAUGUGGAGCGAAGUUUCAGACACGCUGUACAAUGCGUGGUAUAAACUCAAAAACAUUAUAGAUCUGCUGGUUUGUAUGUUUGCACAUUGAUAGCAUUCACAAGGCUUUCUGGUGGUAUUUUUUAAAACUUUGCUUGCAAAAACCAAGGUAGCAGGCAUAAAUCCCAACCAUCACCUCAAUGUCUCCACUUAAGACUGGAAGCUAUACCCUGAAAACCCUUGUAAACGAGAUUAUCUAUCCCAAGAGAUUUUUCCAGUGAAAUAUAAAAAAAAGUUCACUUUUAAAGCUGUAAAAGCCAGAGGUUCUGCUUCAUCAAUAAUGACAGAAACUCAACAAAUGUAUCAAUAACACUGUCUGAACACAUUAGUAAAUUUCCCGCAACGUCCGGUAUUGAACAAGUCAUAACAUAGGGUUAUUUAUUUUAACUAAUGUUCAAACUAACUUCCAUUAACAUUAAUGCAUGCAUUAAUUCUCUUCUGAUAUGAAUAUACGACUUUUUAAAGUUUGCAUGUGUAAUUCUUGAACAUAUCAAUUGUUUUGUCUCCAUUCAUGGUUCUUGGAAGAGUUUUGUAAAUGUCAUCUGAAAAAAAAGAAUAAAAUAGGUAUGAUAAAUAAAAUAUUAACUUAAACAAUAGACAUUUUUUUUUAUAAAAAUGCUAAAAUAAAUGAAAUCGCCCUGUGUCUUGACUUUUGGGCCACCCUCUAUAUCUUUUACUUUUAAGGUAGUGUUAUUGACGAAUGAGUUUUUGUUUGUUAAUUUUGCUUGUGCACCACUGCCUACAUACAAUAGGUUCACCAAAUCUAUAACAGUGGUUUCAUUAUAAACUCGAGAUACACUGACAAACUCAACUUUAACUCCACGACACAUAGUUUGGUAGUAGUUUUUACCGCUCAAAACGUAGUUUUUCAGUAGGCAAACUUUAUCCCAGCUCACCAAUUACAAAAUAACUUUACGAAAAAGCGACGUGCCUGUCAAAUGUACUUUACUGUUACCACCCACUGCAUUUUACAGACUGGAUAUUUAUAGAGUACUGUUUAUAGUAUGGGUGACUUUAAGUGUAAACUAAUCCAACUAGCCGUUUAUGUAUGGUCUGGUUAUUUAUCUCAAGUCUGGUAUGAGGGAUUGGCAGUUUUAUUAAUUACGAGCACGAAUUAAAAAUAAUCCAUUGUCAUUGGACAAAUGCAUACUUUUGGAGGCACUCGGGUUCAUUGAAGUUAUGCAUGACUACAGUACUGUGGUAUUUAAAAAAAAGUUUACAAAUUGAAUAUUUCUAAACGUUUGGACUGUUCCAUAAAUUGAAAUGCACUUCAUGUAAUGAUGAAACACUAUCAUGUAAUAUGUAAUUGUGUUAAAUUACUUUUGAAGCGUUGACCACCUGUUGAAAACUUUAUAAUAAUCUUAAGAAUGGAAAGGAGAAAACCAAGGGAAUAAUGAACGAAACAAAUUGUUAAAAAAAAAAUCGAACAUGCAGUACUGUUUAGUACUCCGAAAGCCAUGGCUACAAAGCAAACACAGCAACCACAACACGACAAACCACAACAAAACAAGGAUUUGAGUAUGAUGGUGGUCCCGGCACAAAUGAUGCUGUGUACGUUUGUUUUCGGCGGAUAUGUGAACAGGGUUGAUUACGUGAACAUCAAUAGAAUGUCUGUACUGCGACGUAUAAAUAGGUUGCUGGACACAAAUAAACGUGGGAGGCUGAUGUAUUUAUACUUGAGAAUAAAAUGUAUGCAUUUUUAAGAAUA